UCAGUAGUUGAAACAAGUGCGCGCGUCAAACGUUUACGCACAUUUCAGUGUUGGAUAGUGAAAUAUUUGUGAUAUUACAAUACUCAAUUUGGUUAAAGUUAGAUUUUUUUUAUUCUUUCGUAUAAAUGUUGAACAUAGAAUAUAUAUAAUUUUAGUGACCUAUAUUUUGUGAAAAAUGUAUUCGUUCUCCUAGUGAGAUCAUUUUACAAGUAUAAGUGGUUCUGGAUGCGUAUAUCAACAAUAUGUUACAGAAACCUCUACGCCUGGUGUAUUUUAUCUCGAUUCUCCUGACCAUCACCGGCAGAGUUAAUUCCAUAGACAUCUCUAGUUUAGAUCCGUCACAGGUUUUAAAUUCGCUUGGAAUAGGAGCAAAUUCAAGAACAAUAAAUGUCGGAGGAUUAUUGACUGGAGGAUUUGAUAAGCUUGGAUAUGUACCCAUAUCUCAAGCUCUGCAAAGGUGCGAGGGAUCUGCUCGGGGCAAAGUGGAGAAUUUCAUAAACAGGUUCCGAGCCCAGGGGGAGAGUUUAUUUAAAGAAAUAUCUCAGGAUCUUGAAGCAAGAUGUAGAAGCUAUAUAGAAUACGCUGGAACAGAUUGUCAGAAUAGAAUAGAGAGCUUAGCUUCAAGCCUGGAAAGGAGUGGAAGAGAUUUGUUGACAGAUGCACAAGAGCGGUGUGCUGAGGAGACAAUGCAAACACUAGAACGAACAAGGAAGGAAGAAGAAGAAAGAUACAGUGCACUGGGUAAGUUAGAGGAAGAAAGAUUGCAGAAGUUUUAUACUAAUCUUGGGGCACAAGAAGAAGUUAAAUUAAGAAAAGAGUUUGAAGAAAGAGGAAAAAAAGUGCAAGCAGAACUCCAGGCACAGUAUGAAGCGAGAGGACAAAAAGAACGAGAAAGGAUUGAACAAACCACUCGGCUCAGAGGAGAGGUCGUCAUGGCAAAAGUUGAAAUUGAAUUGAGAAAGCGAGGAGAGGUCCUCAUGAGAGAAAUUAUGCAAGAAUAUGAGAUGCGAGGGAUGGAACUGAGCAAUAGAACAAGAGCUGAACUAGAGGAACGAGCAGCAGUUAGAAGAAAAGAAGUGGAAGAUGAUUUCGCAGAACGAGGCCGAAAACUGAGAGAAGAGGGAGAAAUGAAAUGUACUGACAUGAUUAAAGAGGCUUGCGCAGAUGUUGUUGAACUGACAGAGAGUGAUGAUUUUUGCUUAGAUUUCUUCUUCUUCACUGGAUCCGAGGAGGAACGAAGACGACUUCGAAGAAAAAGAAAACGUUAUUGAUUGAUUAAUUGUUAAACUUAUUUAUUAUUUUCUAAAAUGUUAUUUGGAGUAUAAAA